GCAGUUCUGGUGGAGGGUUCAAAUCCUCCGUAUAAGACGCAGCAGUACGGCACACUCCGGGGAAAAUUAGGGGUAUCCCAUAGACAUGGCCAACUGGGGUGUCUGCUUGAGAAGGGAGUAGACACAUCCACCCGGGUGGUCGGUGAAAUCCAUUAUCGGAUUAUUAUUAGCGGAAAUUAGCCUGUCAGCCCACGAUAGGUUUAGUUUGAUAGGUUAAUAGGAUUGCGAGUCUCGGCCAAUGAGACUCAACUGGUUCAGUGGUCUGAUCUUACACUGUCUCAGGGAAACGCUGAUCCUUCUCUGAGUCCGGAGGUUACAGGGCUGGCGGAGAUCGUGGAUUUCAUGAGAUCCAAUGGAACCGCGGGGGUAUGGCCUCUUUUUGUACACGCGGUCUAUGGCUUAUAGGAGUUUGGGGGGAGUGCCCGGCUUCACGACUUCUAAUCAAUCAAGUGCCAAUAGAAGUGGGCCAGAGUGUAUAGAUUCUUGAAAAUAUUUAUUCUAGGUGGAUUAUGGAUUGCGACCCGGUAUCGGUCGUAUUGGAUUUAGCUUCUCGUUUAUUCUGUAGAAGUGGAGGUGUCCGGGCACUGUCUCGGAGGGCACGGGGUUUAAACAAAGGCUCGGUAUGUGACCCACUCCACCAGCGCCAACGAAAGACCGGUGGGGCCUGCAUUCCUCUCGGCAGGUACGCACGGGGUGCAAGUCGAUUACAAUACUGAUCCACUGUAUUUCAUCACAGGUUUUCCCUUCAGCGUGCGUAUCGUCCCCUAAUGAAGCACAGCUAUCGAACCUAGUGUUCCCCCCGAACUUCCUAACGAGCCACCAUAUCCCCCGAGCCGAGCUAGCUAGAGCUUUUCAACGGGUUUAUCCUUCUUUUCAUUUUAUUCAGGGAAAGACUGGGGGGCGGGAGGGAACGGGGAUCUUCGAGAUUUAUAUGGAUCCUUGGGAUGCGGUAGGAAGGGGAAAGCAGAUUUAACUGCUUGGAAAUUUCUCAUGCCUGGGAAUCCGUUUGCACCUUCGGUGGCCUAACCGGAAGUGAGGGUCCGAUUUCUCCCAAAAGGUUGGUUGAACUUGUGGGAGGUUGGGGAUCGGAGUAUCAAGUUAGAUGAGAAAAGGGUGGUCGUAAGUAGAGGAGGGCGAAUAGAUAUUCGGUAAACAUACCGAGCUCAAUAGACUUCCGCAGGUUAAGGAGGCUAUGCGGGGAGCUAAUGUGUUGGCAGAGAAACAAGAAGAUUUGUAUUUAUGGAUUUAAUAUCUC